AUGAUGGAGGAGGGCAUGCGCUGGAAGCGGCUGAGCCCCGAUUUUGGGCCUCCGCCAAGACGGGGACACACGAUGACCUACGAGCCGACCUCCCAGAGCUUGGUGGUCUUUGGGGGAUUUAGCAGAGACAAAAACCUGUCUGACACGUGGAUCUUCGAUCUGCAGGCGCAGCGCUGGGAGGAGGUGGCGCUGGAGGAGGCAGAGCGGCCCGCGCCCAGACGUUCUCACUCGGCGGUGUGCGACCCAAAGUCGCACAGCAUCGUGGUCUUCGGUGGUUGGAUCGGCGAUGAAAGUGCAGGCGACGGCGGCGCCGGUGAAAAGACAGACGAGACCUGGAUCUUCGAAGUCAAGGCCAAGCAAUGGGAGGAGCUGAAGUCUGAGGGGGCGCGACCGCCGGCCAGACAGGGUCAUUCGGCGAUCUGGGACCGGAAGUCCCAUGUCACGGUGGUCUAUGGCGGUGCUGGUUCCAACCGCGAGGUUUUCGGCGACCUGUGGGCCUUUGACCUCCAGGCCCAGCGCUGGGAAGAGCUCGUCCCGGACGGGGCGCGGCCCCCAGCCAGAACUGGUCACGCCACGGCCGUCGACUCGAAGUCCCGGUCCAUGGUCAUCUUCGGAGGUUCCACGUCAGAAAGGGUUACUCUUGGGGGAUCGGGCUUGCUCUCGGACGUGUGGACCUUCGACCUGGAGGCCAAGCGUUGGGAGGAGCUGAAGCCCCAAGGUGCGCGACCGCCGGCAAGAUGCUGGUCUUCAGCGACCUUCGACCCGAAGUCUCGGUCCAUGCUGGUCUUCGGGGGCCGUGCUCAGUCAGGCGCUUAUUUGGACGACUUGUGGGUCUUCGACAUCAAGGCUGGGCGCUGGCAGCAGCUGUGGCCUUCCGGCGCGCAGCCCGCGGGCAGAAGUUCCUCUGCCACCGCCUACGAUGCGAAGUCCCGGUCUUUGAUGAUCUUCGGGGGCACGGUCAGCGGAAGCGGACUGGACGACCUGUGGAUCUUCGGCGCCAAGGAUCUGCCCCAGCUUCUGCACCUGGGAAGGGAGCUGGCAAGGUGGCACGCACAAGCCAGGGAGCCCUUGUCGGUGUUGCGGCUCUGCAUGGUGGGCAGGGGCCGUGUCGGGAAGACGACGACCCUGAGGCGCCUGCGGGGAGAGGAGCUGCCGGAGCAAGAGGAGGAGUCCACGGUGGGCGUGGAAGUUUGGACCCGCGAGGUGCCUUCGGACCUCUCCGCCCAGUGGCAGCAGGCUCAAGGCAAGGUCACGGACGGAGCCGCUCUCGGGGCGCUUGGCAUGGUUGAGGAGGAGCAGGAGGAUGAGGAGGAUGAGCAAGAAGAGGAAGAGGAGCGUGCGGAGGAGAGAGGAGGAGCGAAGCAGGCGACUGUCCAGCAAGGAGGUCCGCGAGGCUCCCUGAAGGCCGACGAUGAGGGCAGAAGGGCAGCCGCGCCGCUGCAACGGCAGGGUGCGCAGGUGGUGGAGGCGGCGGAGGCCGCAGAGCUGGUAGGGCCGGCACCACUGAACGCGGACUUCCUACUGAAGCUAGGAGGACGGCAGAGCGGAAUGGAAGGAGCUGCAGGUCCCAAGCCCGAGCUGAGGCUCCAGGCUUGGGACUUUCCUGGCCAACGCGAGUAUUCUCAGCUUAAUCUGCUAUACUUCUCCAGCCGCGCCGUGUACUUGGUGUUUGUCGACCUGAGUGGAGACCCGGAGGAGGAGUGGCAGGAGCUGAAAUUUUGGCUCUGGGCGAUCGCCCAGUAUGCCAGUGAGCCGCUGCCAGAGUGCACAGAUGAGGAUGCAGAGGUUGCUGAGGGCACAGCGCGCCCGAAGCCCCCAAUUUUCUUGGUGGGGACCCGGUGGGCCGAGCGGCGGGCCGGGAUGGAGGAGUGGCUGCAACAGCGCAUGGAAAGCCUGCUGGAGCAGGUGCCGGGCCUGAAAAGCCAACUGCAGAAGAGCCAGGAUGACGAGUGCGGUUGCUGCUGGCUCUUUGGAGUGGAGAACAAGCCUCAGGCGCCUUCGGGUUGCAGAGGCAUCCCGGAACUGCGUGCGGCCGUGGCCCGGGCCGGCCUGGAGAUGGUCCUCCCCGAGACCGAGCGCAGCGAUCCCAGCGAGCCAAGCCAUAAAAGGGAAGAAGAGGAGAAGAAGGAGAAAAAUGAGGAGAGUGAGGAAUGUGAGGAGCAGGAGCCAAGCGCCUGCCACGCGGGCAUCUGCUCAGAGCGGUACCCAAUCCCCUGGCUCCGAGGCCACGACCUCCUCGCCCAGCUUGGCCAAGGGCUCCGGGGCACCGCUGACCCAAAGGAGAUCAACAGGAAGGCACAACUUCAAGAUAGCAAAGAGAGCGAAGACUCCGCAGCUUGCCCGAGAUGCGGCGGCCAACUUGAGGAUCGACAAUGUGGCUCGCUGAAGGGGCCAUUGAGGAUGAAUGCAAGCAACGGGGAGGCGAUGGUGGCCCCGGAAGGUGCAGCCCUCAAAAGAGGAGUUUGCAAAGGCUGUGGAAGUCAGGUCGUGGAACUUUCCUACGACUUCCUGCCCUACCAGAUUGUGGAGGAGCUGCUGCUCGGGAUGCGCCCGCAGGCCCUGGAGCCAGGCGACGUGAAACAGUUUCUCUCCCUGCUGCACAGCCUGGGCAGCUUGGUGUGGUUCCAUGAGCCAGAAGAGCUGCAAGAGCUGGUGAUGCUGAACCCCCGCAAGGUGGCGUUAGCCCUUUGCAGCCUGAUGUUCGUGCGCUUCCGAGAUGCAGGGCACUGGGCGCACUCCAAGGCCUUCGUGAAGGACAUGGAUGCGAAGGUGUCUCAAGCGGAUCGCGGGGAGGUGCUCCGGUUCAGGACGAGUGGUAUCAUCAGUGCGCAGCUCAUGGACACGCUCUGGCCGGAGUUCGCAGAGAAUGAGCGAGAGCUGCUGAGGGAGGUGAUGAUCCAGCGCCGGCUGAUGGUCAAGAGAUCUGAGGCGGAGUUUACGAUCCCAUCCUGUCUCCCUGCAACUCAACUUCCCGAGCCGCCCAUCGCGCCGGAGGACAAGGUGAUCUACGUCAACCUGGACGGCUUCGUCACUGCCCAGCUCUUCCCCCAGCUCGCCGCGCGACUCCACCAGCAGCUCUCCAAAGCCAACUCGGAACUGAAGUCCGGGCCGCCCCAACUCUUCAGCAACCGACUGGAGGCCCGCUCUGCGGCGGGCACCGUCCAUGUAUCGCUCUUCCCAGUCGCGCAACCCAAGCUUCUGCGGAUCCACGCGAGCUCGGAGGAUCUUCUGCGGCAAGCCUGCGACGCCUUCCACAGAUCCAUGGGCUUCCGGAUCGGGGCUCUGCCGUUGAUGAGGGGUGGCACAAGGGACAUUGUGGAAGAGCUGGCCAGAAGAAUUCCGUGCCUGAAAGCAGAAUGCCCUGGGAGCUGUGAGCUCUGCCGAUUGGCGGCUCUUUUGGAGGAACGUUUUCAACUGGAUCUCAGCCCGGAACUCCGAGGCGUGAUCUCCGAAAUUUCCAUGUACGACCACACCCGUCCCUCGGGCAGCUUCAGGUUCAAGGCCUUCGACCACCCUGGAGACGUAGACCUCUCUGAGCAAGUCGUCCUCGAGGCGAACACGGACCAGGAGGCGCUGGAGCAGUUGGCGAAAAGGCUGCAGGAGAAGUUUGGACUCCGCUGGGGCGGUGGCAGCAUGGCCGGCAAGGCCGUCCACUGGGCCGGCCUGAAGACGGGGGACCCCACCUCCGAAGACCCGAAUCGUCUCCUGACGUGGACCUUGGAGGAGCUGCAGAGAGGCAAAAAGGAGGUCAAGCUUCAGAAGCCUCAGGGCACCAGCACAGAGACGGUGGAUCUGGUGUCAGCACUGGCAUGCAGCGCGAGAGGCCGCACGGCCAAGAUCGACAUCUUUGCGAAGACGCGCCUCUUCCAGAACCGGCCAAGAGAUGCGCCCCGUUUCUUCGAGAUCACCAACGUGCUCUACGUCGGCCGCAUUGGCAAGGAUGACCCCCUCAGGCUCAUCACCCCAGUGUCCAAGGACGGACUGUUCAUCCAAUAUUUGGAAGAAGGCUUGAAGGACUACUCUGCCAAGCACCCCAAGGCAGUGAAGUACGUGAAGCGCCUCUGGGAGAGGAGCGCUUUCCUGUCAGCCAGAGGUUUGGGGCGAGAGGCCCAUGUGGCCGCGCUGGAGCUGCUGCAGCCGCUCUUGCAGCACUGGGCUGCCGAGCUCUGCCAAGCAGCCGCCCACGCAGAGGCCCUGGCUGGCAUGAUGAAAAAAGCCCCGCAGGCCACGGGCACGUCUGACUCAACCGCACGCACCAACACCGCCGUGGACGACGCCUUUGCGGACGUGGCCGCCUUGUGCGACCGUCUGCAGGGGCUGCAGCUGAAGCUCUUGCGUGAGAAGCAGGCUGCCGCUGGCAUGGAAAGGGAAGCUGCCAGCGAAGGACUCGCAUCUGUCUCCCUUUGCCUGGCCAAGCUGGAGAAGGUCUCUACAAAGGUGAGGGCUCGGGACGUGCUGGCAGCCGUGCAGUUGGAGCUGGAGGGCUCUGCCGGGCUGGUGGUGACAAACAUGCUGGGCUCCAUGCCCCGCCUCGCAAAGCCUCUGGGGUGGCAGUGGCAAAUGCCCUCGGACCACCUUCCGGUGGGUGCCGUCAUCUGCGUGGUGGGCCGGAAGCUCCGCGCGGUCUCCUACAACGUCCUGAACAAGCGCUACUACAAGUACAUUCAAAGCGACUCACAGGGGCUCCAGGGCUCCUUGAUCUCGACCCUCCACGGCACCCCGGAUGAGGGUGCAGAAGGCGAGGAAGGAGAUGCGCUGGCAGAUGGCAGGGAGCGCCGGGUUGCCGAGCUGGUCUUCGCAAUGUUGCACCCUCCCCCACUACCACACUUCGAGCGUGUGCACCUGCUCGGCCUGCAAGAGUGCUCCCCGGACUUCCUGCGGAUCCUCAAGAAGAGGCUGAACAAGCACGGGCGCUACGAGGUGCUGCAAAGUGGCGAGGAGGAGGAUGCGAACCAGGAGGCUGUGGUCUUCGACCGCGAGUCUCUCACCUUGGUGGAGCAGACCUGCCACCGCGGCCACGCAGCCUACACGACGGCCGAUGCCAAGAAGGCCAUCAUGGAGGUGAAGUUCAAGUUGGGCGGUUCCAAGGCCGGUCUGCGCCUGGUGACGACGCACCUGCCGGGGAAGCCCUUUGGCCCCGCCCGGCAAGAGUUUGCGGACUCCCUUGCCCAGCUUCUGAAGGAGGACCUGCCCACGUUGCUGCUCGCCGACAUAAACUUUCCGGAAGAGGCCAUGGUGCCGCUCUUAGCGCAGCGGGAGGUGCGCGCGGAGUUCGUGGAGAUUCCCCAUCCCACCAACAUCUGCACGGGGUCGCUGCUGCCGAAGAGGAUUGACAGCAUCGCGGUCAUCGCCACAGAGGGCAGCGAGAUCAGCGCCAAGGUUCUGCGCUUCGAGUCCAUCACGUUCAAGCUCGUCACGGGCGCCGUAGUACGAGUCCGAGCGGACGUCGAUGAACAGAAGCUGGGUGAGGUGUCCAAAGGGGAGAUGGGGCGUGUGGUGGAAGUGCACGGGACCGGCGUUCGGGUCAACUUUCUAUCACAGCUGGGCUGGCAAGGCGAGAUCGAUAAGGUCGAGCUUUGUUCUUCAGAAGCGGUGGAGGACUUCCUGCAGUCCAUCACCUCCAAGCUCGUCACGGGCGCCGUGGUGCGAGUCCGAAGCGACAUCGACGAAUCGAAGUACGGAGAUGUCUCCAGAGAGGAGAUGGGGUGCGUGAUCGAAGUGAAGGGGACCGACGUGCGCAUCAACUUUCCUACGAAGAAGGCGUGGAAAGACUGCAAAGUCGAGAUCGACGAGGUGGAGCGUUGUUCUCCAGAAGAGGCGGACAAGUUCCUGCAGGCCCUGUCCAGCUCCAAGAUCGUCCCGGGCGCCGUGGUGCGAGUCCGAGGAGACAUCGCGUCCAAAGGGGAGAAAGGGCUUGCGGAAUACGUGGACAGCGACAACGAUGUGUUCAUCCAGUUUCCGUCUGAGAGGAGAUACUUCCCCGUCGGCGAGGUCGAGCUCUGUCCUGCAGAGGAGUCGGAGGAGUUUUUGCAGUUCAUUCCCAAGCUCUUCGUGGGAGCCGUGGUGCGAGUCCGGGGCAAGGGAGACUUGGGGCUCGUGACGGAAGCGGAGGGGUUCAAUGUGCUGAUCGACUUUCCAGCCAAAGCAGGCUGGAAAGGUCGCGCGCUGGAGGUCGAGCUCUGUUCCGCAGAAGAGUCGGAGAAGCUCUUGCAGUCCAUCCCCGAGCUCGGAGCCGUGGUGCGAGUUCGAGGCGAUGUUGACGAGCCACAGUAUGGCUGGCAAAACGUGUCCAAGGGAGACUUGGGCCGCGUGGCGGAAGUGGAGGGACUCGGAGUGCGCAUCAACUUCCCGGCGCAAGCUCGCUGGAAAGGUCACGUCAUGGAGGUGGAGCCUUGUUCUACAGAGGAGUCGGAGGAAUUUUUGCAGUCCAUCCCCAAGCUCUUCGUGGGAGCCGUGGUGCGAGUCCGGGGCAACGUCGACGAGACGAGGCACUGGCGGAACGUCUCCAAGGGAGAUUUGGGGCGCGUGACGGAAGUGAAAGGGUUCAACGUGUGGAUCAAUUUUCCGGCGCGAUGGGGCUGGAAAGGCGAGGUCGAUGAGGUCCAGCUCUGCUCCGCAGAAGAGUCGGAGGAGUUUCUGGAGGCUUGGGCGGUUCCCUUCCCUGGCUUCGAAGAAGCCGUGCGGCUGCUGGAGUCCAGGUCCCUGGAGCUCGACGAGGAGGCCAUAAUCCAGAAGGCGGCGGAGCGCCGCGCCGAGGCGGCGCUGAAGCUUUCAGCUCUGGAGGGCCCUGGCACCUUGGCCGGGCCUGUGAGCAGCGCCCUGCGCAAGGCGGAGGCCAAACCGAUGGCGGAGUGCUCAGCGACCCUGGAUCCCGCACAGACCACGCUGAAAGAGGAAGUGAACAGGCUUUCAGAGGAGCUCGCCACGCUUAAGGCCGAGUUUGAGCAGCUGCAGAAGCAGGGCGGAGGGAAAGCAGAGGCCAGCUCCGAAGAGAAUAACGUGCAGACCACCGGUCAGAAGGCAAGCACUGGCAACGUGGCCCUCGGCGGCUGGACGCGCUUGAUGGCUCUACGGGAGAUGGCGGGAGAUGCAGAUGAUGUAGCCCCGGAUGUCUUCGGCGCUGACGAGUGCCUGUGCGAUGCCGGGUGA